AUGGCAAAAUCCGCGAAUGUGCCUGGAAAGUGGCGACAAUUCGUAGCAACAAUGAUCGUGAAUCUUGCACCAUUUCUCAGUGGAGUAUCGUACGGCUGGUGUUCAACGACAAUUCCAUCCUUGCUGAGAGAAGACACACCACUGGGGACAGCACCUCUAACCGCGAGUGAGGGAUCAUGGCUGGUGUCAAGUCUGGCGAUUGGACCCUUAAUUAUCUUUAUGUUUAGUGGUAGCCUCUGUGAAAGAUUCGGCAGAAAGGCCACAGGUCUCGUGAUCGCCCUUCCUUCCGCCACUUGCUGGCUACUCAUACUAUUUGCCACCAAUUUCUAUCAUCUCUUGAUCGCCCAAAUACUGCAAGGAGCUGCCGGUGCACUGGCUACAUUCCACGCUCCCCUCUAUAUUACGGAAAUAGCUAGUGUUGAUAUCAGAGGACAACUCGGAAGUUUCUUCCUGUUCAGCGUGAAAAUCGGUCUUCUGUAUUCAUACAUUCUCGGCUCGGUGCUGUCUUAUCAUGUGUUCGCAAUGUGCUGUCUAAUCAUGCCCAUCUGUCACUUUGGGGGACUGUUAUUUUUACCAGAAACACCGGUUUAUCUAGUCCGGAAGAACCGAAUUGAGGAAGCUAACAGAUCUCUGAUGUGGCUCAGGGGCAAUGAUAAGCCAGUUGUUGAACUUGAAAUACAUAGACUUCGAGCAUUCGUCGAAGAUAACAUGGAUAUCACAAAGUCAGCAAAUAUUAGAGAUAUAUUCACAGACCGAGGGAAUUUCAAGGGAUUGGUGAUUGCAGUGAUGUUGGGAAUUGGUCAGCAAUCGUGUGGGAUCAAUGUGAUGUUGACAAGCACGGUGACUAUAUUCAACCUAGCAAAGAGCUCAGUGGAUCCCUAUCUGGCAACUAUAAUUUUUGGAGUAAUGCAGGUGUCCGGCGCCUGGUUGUCAACAUUGACAAUGGAACGCGCGGGUCGACGACCUCUUCUUCUGUUAUCUUCUUCAGGAAUGGCCGUUUGCCACUGUAUUCUCGGAAUAUUUUUGCUGAUUCAGAGCUUUCGUUACGAUGUGUCGGCAUUCAGCUGGACCCCAGUGGUCGUAUUAUCCGUUUUUAGUGUUCUGUAUUGUAUUGGAGUGGGCCCCAUUGCGCAUGUAGUCCCGAAUGAGGUGUAUAGUCCAGAUUUAGCAAGUAUUAGCAACAGUAUAACUCUGUUCAUUAUGACUUGUUGUGGCUUUUUAGUUCUCAAAUUUUUCCCAAUGGUUGUUUCCGUCAUUGGGCUGCACGGCUGUUUCUUCAUAUUUAUGGUAUUUUGUAUGUGCACCUUCUUGUUUUCACUGUUUAAUGUUCCUGAGACGAAAGGAAAGACGCUUGAAGCUAUCCGUAAAGAGCUAGUGAAGACGAAGGGCAAGCCAGACGAAAUUGGUGAAGUCAUUGUGAUGCAGUCAGUGAAAAUGGAUAGAUCCUUAUAUUGAUCAUUCGUAUUGAAAUUAGAAUGGUUAGAAAUUUUCAAGACAUCGGUAAUUUCAGUAGAAAAUUUUUAACACUGCAGUUUGAAAAAUAUGAAUGUAAAUUUGACUGAAAGACUAAUUCAAAAAAUUGUGCAUAUAUUUUAUUUAUGUUAAAAAAAAUGGGAAAGAAUGUACCUUCAACAGAUUGUCGCCUAUGCAAUGAUUGAAAUUAUAUUGUUGGAAACUUGAGAAAAUUUCAAAGCAUACUAGCCUUUAAAUUUUUAUCACACGCUUUUUGAGAAUAAAUGUAAAUGCAUACGUCACCGA